UAUUUUAGUUGACAAUCUAAACACACUUUCCCAAUGGGUGUGAAUUCUUUAUGGGAUAUAGUAGGACCAACUGCCCGUCCCGUUCGUCUUGAGGCCCUUUCCCGUAAAAAAUUGGCAGUAGAUGCGUCGAUUUGGAUCUAUCAAUUUUUGAAAGCAGUUCGAGAUGCGGAGGGUAAUACCUUGCCACUGUCUCACAUAGUAGGAUUUUUUAGAAGAAUCUGCAAACUUUUAUAUUUUGGAAUUCAGCCAGUUUUCAUCUUUGAUGGUGGAGCUCCUGCAUUGAAAAGACAAACCAUCAAUAAGAGACGAGAAAGAAGGGAGGGCAAUCGAGAGAGUACCGAACAAACAGCUAGAAAGUUGUUGGCUAUUCAAGUACAACGUCAAGCUCAAGGAGAAGUAAAUAGUCGCAAACGACCAAAGACCAAAAACUCUGGUAAUAACAAUGAACUUGAUAUAAACGGAGGGGAGGUUGCCUUCUUAGAAGAUUUGGAAAACGUACAUCCACUUCAUGGCCCGACUACAAGUACUACUAAUAUUCAAUCGAAUGAGCCACAUAGUGAAGACCAUCAACACAAAGGGAUCAUUUACUCAAAGAAUGAUGAAUUCCAUCUACCAGUAUUGAAGGAAAUCAAGAUAUCUGGAGAUGACCAAAGAAUGAUGCCCAAGGAAGAAUAUAGAGAACUAGCAGAACUUGGAACUGAUUAUGUUGAUGGGAUUGACAUUGAUUCUGUAGAUCCAGCAUCUAAAGAGUUUGAACAAUUGCCAAUGCCUACUCAAUAUAUGAUCUUGUCGCAUCUUAGGUUGCGCUCUCGGUUGAGAAUGGGGUAUAAUAAAGAGCAAUUAGAAACUCUAUUCCCCAACAGUAUGGAAUUUUCGAAAUUUCAAAUUCUGCAGGUUCAGAAGAGGAAUUUCUAUACUCAGAGGUUGAUGAAUGUGAGUGGGAUGAAUGAAGGGAGUCUGACUCGAAGAAUUGCAGGAACAAAAGAUCGUGAGUAUACAUUAGCUCGUAGUGAAAAUGGGUGGACUUUAGCCCUUGGAGAACAAGACGGUGGUGCCACUUCUGAUAAGCCAAUAUCAUUAGAUGAAUUUGGGAAUGUUGUUCGAGAACCUGAUGUUAUUGAAGAGAAACCCACAAUAACGAAGAACAAAAACAAUGACGAUUCGUCAGAUGAUGACGAGGAUUGGGAAGAGGUUCCGAUAGGAGUUACAGAUCAACCAAAGGAAGAAAAAAAUGUAGAAAUUGACGACGAUGGAUUUAAUAAGGCAUUGAUACAAUCCAUAUAUGAUCAAUACGGAGACACCUCCAACAAUAUGUCAACAGAAGGAUUCGAUGAAGUCGAAUUGAAAGCUGCUAUUGAAGAAUCUAAGAAGGAGGUAUUAUUACUUAAAAGGAAUGAAGAAACCUCAAGAUUUCAAAACUUGGAAUCUAUACCAGAAACCUCAAAUAAACAAGAAACUCGAAUAGAUCUUGGUCAAUCUUUUUUAUUUGGUAGUACUGAACUGAACAAGGAAAAGGAAGUUAAACCAAUUGAGACUGGAUUUUCAUCUUUUUUAUUUAGUGGAGAUGAUAAGAAAAUGGAAACGGAUACAGAGAAAGUAGAUGUUGAAAAUAUUCAAACUACCAGGUCCAAACCAAAACCCACAACUGGAUUCUCUUCAUUUUUAUUUGAGAAUGAACCAGAGUCUAAAAAUUCAAAAGAAGUAGCUGUAGAAAUUAUAGACGAUCCCAAAAAGUAUAAGAGAGAUGAGCCAAUAUAUGAGACUCUAGAUCUUGAGUCUAGCGGAGAUGAAAAGGAAGAAGUUCACGAGCAAGAAGAGCCUAAACCAAAACCAAAGGUUUUUUCAAAUGAAAUUCCUUCUUGGUUUAAUGACUCGGUAUCAGAAACUCUAAAUCCGUACAACCAAGUUAUCACUGAAACUAGGAAUGAACCGAAGGUUCUUCCAUAUCCAGAGACGACAACGAGUGAAACCACAGAGGGUGUAUUAGGUGCGCGUAAACGAAGAUAUCUUGAAGAUGAGGCAGCAGGUUUGAUAUCAUGGAGUGAAGCAAAGGAAAUGCUACUGCCGGAACCUGAAAAUGAAAGCCCUCCAGCAGAAGAUGAUAUUAUGAUCACAGAUUACAAAAAUGUUGAAGAUUCAGUUGAAGAGAUUCACAUUGAUGAGAAUGUACUGUCAGUAACUUCCGAAUCUGAUGAGGUCGCUUCUCCAACAGAUAAAGGAAAUGGGUCUGAAGUUCCAGUGGAAGAAGAAAAGGAGCCUGUUCCAGCAUCCAAGGAAACUCUUCAGUAUGAUUUUGAAGAGGAAGAUGAGAACAAAUUGAUUGAACAAAUCGAACAAGAAGAACGAGAACAUGAGGUAUUUAAGACUCAGAUUAGAAGAGAAGAACCAAUUAAUUUAGUGAACAGUAUGAGUAUUACUGAGGAACAACUAUUGCAAGAGAAGCUUCAAAAGGCCAAACGAGACUCCGAUGAAGUGACUCAAACUAUGAUUAGUGACGUACAAGAAUUACUAAGACGGUUCGGAAUUCCCUACAUUACCGCGCCUAUGGAGGCAGAAGCACAAUGUGCCGAGCUUUCACGAUUGGGACUCGUAGACGGAAUUGUUACUGAUGACAGCGAUUGCUUCUUAUUCGGUGGGGACAAGGUUUACAAGAACAUGUUCAAUCAAAAAAAUUAUGUCGAAUGUUACUUUAGCUCGGAAUUGGAAUCACGUUUAGGUUUAGAUCAGAACAAGCUAAUUGAAUUGGCUUUACUCCUCGGAAGUGAUUAUACCGAGGGAAUUAAGGGUAUUGGUCCUGUUUUAGCCAUGGAAAUAUUGGCAGAGUUUGGAUCCUUACGUGAAUUUAAGAGGUGGUUUGACCAGAAUACCCAGACAUUGUCUAAACCAGAUUCUUCGAGCAGCCUUAAAAAAUCCCUUUUACUGAAAAUCAAAAGUGGGAAGCUUUUUCUUCCAGAGAAUUUCCCAGAUAAAGUUGUUGCAGAUGCCUAUAUAAAACCAGAAGUGGAUGAUGACGAAACACAAUUUAAAUGGGGGGUUCCGAAUUUGGACCAGAUCCGGUCAUUUUUGAUGUACAAUGUAAAAUGGACCCAGGGACGUGUUGAUGAAGUGCUAGUGCCAUUGAUUCGUGAUAUCAACCGGAAAAAGACUGAAGGAACCCAAUCUACAAUCGGUGAGUUUUUCCCUCAAGAAGUGAUUCGAUCUAAAAAGGAGAUGAAUUUAAGUAAGAGAAUUAAAAGUGCAGCAGAAAGAUUGAGGAAGUAAAACAAAAAGACUAGGAUAUAUAAAUAUUUAUACAUUCAUUGUUAGGAAAGUUAUACUGCAGAGAU